GGGGAAAGAAAGUACCAGGAAACUUUCAGCCUUGUCAUUCUUCUUCUUUAUUUUUGAUCCCUUAGCCAAUUAAAGCGUCGUCAUAUCUGGUAAAAAUAAAUUAGUCUCAUUGACAAUCAAAGUUAAUUACAUCGUGUUUAUUGACAGCUUCAUUAAGAAAUCGAUCGAAACUAUUUCCAUCGUUUGGAUAGCAACAAACGCGGAAAAAUAUGCUUGCUAAUUAGGAGCUAGCAAUUACACCGACAAAGGUUGUGUUUUUUGUUGUUAAUUAACCUUCUUUAUAAUCACUUGCAAGAAGUCAAUCUAAAGGCAGUAUUAACGUGGAUGGUAUCGAGGAAGUAACAAGCAUCCAAGUGUAUACUCCGUAAAAGCUAGAACGGUGCUGUUAAGAUUUCAAAACAGAAAACAUUAUGGCGACUUGUGUUAAAUGUACGGCAGCCAUUAAAGACCAUUUUUUUCUGAAGGCGUUGGAUGGUUAUUGGCACGAAAGUUGUUUAUGUUGUCAUGCAUGCGAUGGAAAUUUGUCUCAGCUGGGGAGUUCGUUGUACUUCAAACAUGGGAAUGUGUUCUGCAAAAACGACUAUUUAAGAUUAUUCGGACCAACAGCGAAAUGUGCAGCAUGUCAGAACCAAGUUUACGGUAACGAUUUAGUGAUUAGAAAAGAUUCAGAAACGGUUUAUCAUUUCUCGUGUUUUAACUGUACGAACUGUCGGCGCGCUUUCUGUGUCGGGGACAAAUGCGUAACUGAUAAAAUAACUGGGAAAGUUUUUUGCUUGGAUAACGGUUGCCGACAAACCAAAGAACGAAAACCACGGAAGACAAAGAAGGCGAAAGAGACAUGAAUAGUUCAUAACCGUAAUGUGCCACUACAUGUAUUGGAAUCUUUAAAUGCUGGGCUGUGAUAAACAAGUAUGUCUUGAGCAUGUCGAAUUUAAUAUGAACAAAUGAAUUAUUUUACCUCCCUCUUAUCUUAGAACAUAUCAAAAAGAUUAUUAAUUAUUAUGUACAUAUUAGUAUUAAUGAAAAAUAUAUCGCAUUCUUGUUAAA